AUGGACUCCCUCAGCACAGGCGUCGUAGCAGAUGUUCUUGCACAGCUUUACAAAGAAGCCAGAAUUGCUGAUUCGUCAAUGCGCGAUGAUGAGAACGCGAAGCACCCCGACGGUGACUGGGCCACCGCGUUCAUCGAGUCUGAGAUCAAGGACUUGAGAGGCACGUACCAAGGGCUCGCCGGCAACUUCCUUUGCGUGUCGCCCAAGUUUGGACGCCACAUGUACAUGUGCGCUCGCGCCGCCAAGGCCAAGCGCAUCAUCGAGUUUGGCACCUCUAUGGGCGUCUCGGCCAUUUAUCUGGCGGCGGCCCUCCACGACAACGGCGGCGGCCAGCUCAUCAGCACCGAGCUGGAGGCGAGCAAGGUAGAACGUGCCAGGGCUAACAUUGACGCCGCGGGCCUGACUGACUUGGUCGAGUUUCGCGUUGGCGAUGCACGCGAGACGCUGGCGCUUGGCGUCGGUGGCAAAAUCGACUUGGUGCUGCUGGAUGGAGCUUGGUCGCUGUACUUACCGAUUCUCAAGCUGCUGGAGCCGCAUUUGAGUACGGGUGCGGUGAUUCUAGGCGAUAAUGCGGCGGACACGCCGGGCGGGUAUAUCGAGUAUGUGCGCGAUCCGCGCAACGGCUACAUUUCGCUGCCGCUUGAGUUUGGCGAGAAGCAGGGCAAUGAGUUUUCACCUUGCCCGUGGCGACCUUUCGACAUCAAGCCUUCUCAUCUCCUGCAUAUUCCCGUUCUCCUCAUACGCUUCGACGAAGAAAUGAUGCCGAUCCUAUGUGCGCUCGUCGCGCUGCUGUCGCUGGCCAGCGCGACGCCGUUCCAGAGCCGUACCAGCCGCAACGGCUCCGACGAGACCGCCAUUGAGAUUCUCUACCCACGCAACGAAACGUACAAGCUUGCGUCGCCACUGCCCAUUGUGCUGGGCGUGGCCAACCUCCCGCCCACGGCCGUCCUCGGCAACUACACACUUCAGUGGGCUCUUACGGGCUUCAGCGCCGAGGAUAUUCCCGGAGGGCUGAUUUACGGCCAGGGCAUGUUUUGGCCACGCAACGAAACUGCUCCGUCUGGCAACCAACCGCUCAUCUUCGCCGACUUUGUCGAUUUGAAUGAGCAGUUCAAGCACCAACGAUAUGAUUUCCGCGGGCGCCUAGAACUCAGCGUCUACCUCUCGUACAACGACAGCCAGGCGGAAAAUGACGUCUGCCGGGCACGCGACAACGGCAACACUCUUGGCCCUUUCACCGAUGUGGCCACGGUCGGGUUUCGCUUGGACGAGGGCGAUGGGGGCAAGUUCCAAAACACGGACGCCGUCGACAUUGACCUACGGCAGGCCACGGGUUGCCCAGCUGUCGGGGCAGCGGUGGCGGUGACGACGACAACGCCGUCGGUGACGCUCGCGUCGGGAACGCCACCGGGGGCGACGUGUCUACAGCCGCUGGUGACAUCGACACUGACGCAGCGCAGCGAGUGCCCCUUUACGGUGGAUGCCAGCAUGGCGAGCAGCAUCUCGAGCAGCGUGUCGGUGCUGAUGAUUCCGCCGCCGACGGAGUCGCUGCCGACGUAUACGUCGAACCGCGCGGCGAAGAUGCCGAUCCAGACAGGCGGACUGGCGGCGGCGGCGGGUAUUGCGGGUGCCAUGAUGCUGUUAUAG